UCUUUCUCUGCUAAACACAAACAUGAGGCUAAACUGCAUAAGCUUGAUUUUCUUUCACAUCAUUAUCUUCAUCAAAUUCCUCAGUCUUUCAAGGCCACAAAAGCUACCCUGCUUGAAUUUCCUGCUCUUGAAGGAGAAAGCAUAUCAUAUGCACUAUUUCAGUACCCUGCAGGUACCAUCAACCCUCCUCAUAUCCACCCCCGUGCAGCGGAGCUUCUGUUCCUUCUAAGUGCUUCUCUGCAAGUAGGUUUUGUUGACACUGCACGCACACUUUACACACAAAUCCUUCAGCCCGGUGAUAUCUUCGUAUUUCCGAAAGGGUUGAUACAUUAUCAGUAUAAUCCACAAUCAGUUUCGGCCACUGCUAUAUCAGCUUUUGGAAGUGCAAAUGCAGGAACAGUUUCAAUACCCCAUUCUAUUUUCAGUACAGGAAUUCAUGAUGUAAUCCUUGCCAAGGCUUUCAACACUGAUACUAAUACUGUGAAGAAGAUAAGAUCUGGCCUUAACAAACCGUACAAUAUAAUGGCAAGCUAAACUUUCGUGUACCUCUUCCUUCUAGCUUCUGUAUAUCUGAUAAAUUAUAUAUCAAGGAAUCUUAAAAACCUCCAUGUUUUUGUUUUUAUGCUCA